AAGAGAGGGAGGGAGACAGAGUGAUGCUAUUGGUCGACUGUUACAACAUCAAGCGUGAUAGAAAUAUUUCUCUCGCAGUCUGAGAAAUAGAGGAGAGACGGAGACAGUAGACUCAGGAAACACAUUCAGGUCUGUUUUUAAAAAUCUCCGGGAAGAGCACUAAAGACAGUGGGGUUUAGAAAGAAAGGAAAUAAGAAAGAGGAGACAACAGAAAGGUGGACUAAUUAACCUAUGACUCCUGAGGGCUGUGGAGAUUUUUGCCUAAGAGAAGGAAACAUUUUAAAAGCAGCGUAAAAGUGUCUCACAUGUAGAUGUUCUGCAGGUUUCUGGUGACAUAUUCCAUUUUCCUUUCUUUCAUUUUUUUUUCCACAUCUCCCUCGGAGUUGAGUUAUUUAUUCUGCUCGUCAGCAGAGGCAGAUCUAAAUGCCUUUUUUGUUAUUUUUGGGGGAGAAUUUGAGGGAUGCUUCUGAGGGAAAGAUGCAGAGCAGAGCAUUCUGACAUGGUGUCGACCCAAAUUGACAGAGACAAGGAAAGAGUGGACUGUACAGUGGCAGACACGUCUCCAACCAGACACAGGUAUUUUCCACUCGAUGUUAAGACCAGUCCAGGUAUUGAUCCAUGCUAAUUAAUUGAAACUAUACUCUGAUCUUAUAUCUGUCCUCUUAAAUGUGUGAUAUUGGCACUGUAAUGUUAUAUAGUCAUUUGAACUGUAACCCAGUUCCAAUAUUCGUUGCCUCACAUCAUUUCUUUAAUUUUUUUUCUUAACAUUUUUGUAAUACAAUAAGUAACACGCAAAGAGACUGUCUCUGUAAGUAAUACGCCGCAGCUAUGUUUGUUUACAUUCGACUAUGAUUUAGACAUGUGCGUCAUUAAGCAUGCUCUUGAUUUGGAGCAACAGAUGAAAUGAUGAAGCCAUAUGAAAAACUACUGACCACAUUACAAGCCAUAACCACCUUAAACAAUAACCACAAUAAUCUUUUUUGAAAACAGCACUUACUGUGCUCACUAUCGACAAGAAUCCUGUGCUUCUGUUGUCAGCGUGUCUGUCGGACACUUGAGAAGCAAAUGUGUACGUGUAGGCUUUGAGUCAAGAGAAACUACAGGGAGGGGGAGGAUACAGACAUUUUGUCUGUCAGAGACUCAAAAAAAAAGAGGUGCACCAGGCCAACAACAGACACCUGUGUCAGUCAAAAAGACUGACUCAUAUAAGUGCUUCCUAAAUCAAAGCGAGCACAGGGGGGUCAUCGUGCUGUUUAGAGAGAGCUGUACAAAGUGGCACAAAGACACAGCAUGAGUGGAAGAGAAGUCAGGCAGAUGAUUGAUCGUAACUGAGAACUUAACCUAACUGGACAACACAAAGGGGGGAAGACAAUAACCUCCACAAAAGGUAAAAGGGAGAGUGAGCCAUAGCCAGAGAGAGGCUAAGGACAGGUGGGAGGAAGUUCUUCGUUUUGUCUCGUGUGUCUCUAUUCACACGUCUCACCGUUAAGACUGGCUGGCUCGGCCAUGGCGUUCACCUUUGCGGCCUUCUGCUACAUGCUCACCUUGGUGCUGUGCGCUGCGCUCAUCUUCUUUGUCAUAUGGCAGAUCAUCGCGUUUGAUGAGCUCCGCACAGACUUCAAAAACCCCAUUGAUCAGAGCAAUCCCACCAGAGCGAGGGAAAGGAUUCUCAACAUUGAGAGGAUCUGCAACCUGCUUCGCAGAUUGGUAGUCCCGGAGUACUCCAUCCACGGGCUCUUCUGCCUGAUGUUCAUGUGUGCCGGAGAGUGGGUCACACUGGGCCUGAAUAUCCCACUGCUCUUGUACCAUCUGUGGAGGUUUUUUCACCGGCCAGCUGACGGGUCAGAAGUCAUGUAUGAUCCUGUCAGUGUGAUGAACGCUGAUAUUCUCAACUACUGCCAGAAGGAGUCGUGGUGUAAGCUGGGCUUCUAUCUGAUCUCAUUCUUCUAUUAUCUCUACAGUAUGGUCUACGCCUUGGUGAGCUUCUAACAUCUGGAAUAAAAAAAAAAGGGAAACAUCU